AUGGCGACUUCGUGUUCUUCAGUGGUAUGGAGCAGAGAAGAAGAGAAAGCAUUUGAAAAUGCCAUUGCAAUGCACUGGAUAGAGGACUCCAAGAAUCAAUGGGAUAAGAUUUCCUCGAUGGUUCCGAGCAAAAGCAUUGGAGAGUUGAAGCACCAUUAUCAACUUCUUGUCGAAGAUGUUAAUGCAAUCGAAGCUGGACAUGUUCCAUUACCCAAUUAUAUUGGAGAGGAAACAUCUUCAUCAACCAAGGAUCAUCAUCAAGGGUUGCGUCCUGGUACAUGUUCCAUUGGACAAUCCAGUUGUGGGUUUUCAGGACUAGGCCACGACUCUACUGGCAUGGGUCAGGCAUGUAAAGGAGUAUCCAGGGCGGACCAAGAGCGCCGAAAAGGGAUUCCGUGGACAGAAGAAGAGCAUAGGUUAUUUUUGCUUGGUCUGGACAAGUUUGGGAAAGGGGAUUGGAGAAGCAUUUCGAGAAACUUCGUAAUAUCCAGAACCCCCACACAAGUUGCAAGCCAUGCCCAGAAGUACUUCAUUCGACUCAAUUCCAUGAACAGAGACAGAAGGAGAUCCAGCAUCCAUGACAUCACUAGUGUGAAUGGUGAUGUGGCAUCCCAUCAGGCACCGAUUACAGGACAACAGAUGAACCCCAAUCCGAUCAAUGCAGCGGCACUUUCUCCUGCAAUUAAGCACAGGAACCAAUCAAACAUGCAAGGAUUAGGCAUUUACGGUGUAGGGCAUCCAAUUGCUGCUGCUCCCGGUCACAUUGCAUCUGCAGUUGGCACUCCUGUUAUGAUUCCUCCAGGACAUCAUCAACACCCUUACGUUGUUCCAAUGGCGUACCACAUGCCACCACCACCACCACCGCCCAUGCAUCAAUAA